AUGCCCAACUGUCCUGCGUGCUCGAAACCAGUCUAUUUUGCUGAAAGAGUUCAGUCGUUAGGUAAAGACUGGCAUAGACCAUGCUUACGAUGUGCCAAUAAUCAAUGUAAUAAGACGUUAAGUGCUGGAAGUCAUUCAGAGCAUGACGGCAAACCUUUUUGUAAUCGUUGUUAUGGAGCUAUGUAUGGACCCCACGGAUAUGGACAUGGUGGAACAGAAAGUCAUACUUUCUUGAAAGGAACUACCGGAGGAACAGCUGGGGGAGCAAUGUAA